GUAACUAAAAUAUUUCCAGAUGCUAUAAAAUCAUACAAUGAUGCUCCUACACAUAUGAAGGACGUAUGGUUUAAUGAAUUUCAGGAAAAAGUAUAAGUGGAAUCCAGAAGAUGAGGCAGUAAUUCAGAGUAUAUUCCACAAAAUGGCUGCUAGAAGAUUAUCUGACACGUUGGGGCAGGUUCGCAUCAAUUUGGCAAGAGGCCAUGCACCACCAAAUUGGAUGAAUGAUCAGGUUUUGGCCCAAUACCGCAGCAUUUGGAAUACGGAGGAGUUUAAGAAGACUGCUGUGAAGAACAAAAGAAAUAGAAAUUCAGAUUGCGGGGGAUUGGGACCAUCACUGCACACUGCAGGUUCAAUCUCCAUUUCUGAGCAUAGGAGAAGAUUAAAAGAAAAGCAUGGAGAAGAGCCCUCCCAUGCAGUGUUGUUCCAAGCAACUCACAAACGCAAAAAGACAAAUGAGUUCGUUUGCAAAAAGGCUGAUCAUGUAAAUGAGGCUGCAAUUCAAAAACAACAAACUCAACCUAAGCUUGGAGAGUCAAAUGCAUGGUUCGUGGCAGCCGGUGGCCUCAACAAAAGAGGAUCUGUUUAUGGAUUUGGAUCAGAUACACCGCGCUACUUCCCUGAGGCUGUGACGCAAAAGAAUUCAAAAUCCGAACAAUCAUUGGCACAUGCAGUUUAUGAGGAUCAAAUUAAGGAACUAAAAGAAGAGAACAUGCAAAUGAAGGAAAAAAUGGCAUGGUUGGAAGCGGAAUUUGUUGCAAUUCGUGGUGCAAAUCAACCUUCUUUUCAGUCUACUAAUCCAGUCGUUAGCCAUGAAAGUAUUGGUGUUGGAUUAGAUGAUCUUGAGCAAUAGA